AAACACAUUUCUCUGAACGAAUUUUCCGAAACUUAAAUUGCAGCGGCUCUGCUGGACGUUGAACGUCCGGCAACGCUGGUGUCGCUAGGGUUGCCCCCGAUUUUUUUUUUGAUAUUAGCGCGCAACAACGCUCUUCAGCCUCAGGAAUUUUCCGAGCUUGUAAUUUUUUAAAGGAAAUUUUGAGAAAGGAGGUCGCGUGAACCGGAACACUUCCACCAUGUCGAGGUGCGUGUUGUGCCGCAGCAGCGAGGAUGACGAGAUAGCCUUCGGGGUCAUCCACCAGCAGGAAGAAAUGAUGGUGCACCACAACUGUCUGUAUCUGAGCUCCAAUCUCAUCCAGCGCGGCAACGAGCGCAACGGCAUCCUGAGCUUCCUCAAGGAGGACAUCCUGGCGGAGGCGAGGCGCUGCCGGCUGCUCUCCUGCUGCUAUUGCCACCGCGGCGGCGCCAACAUCGGCUGCUGCGAGUCCGGCUGCCGGCGCACAUUCCACACCAAGUGCGGAGUGGAGAAUCUGGCGCUGAAUCAGUUCCGCGACACGUACAGGUCCUACUGCAACUUGCACGUGCCCAAUUAUCGCCAACGUCCGUCGUCGGCCACGGAGCACUGUGUCAUCUGCCAGGACCUGCUGGUCGCAGCAGGCUGUCGCUUCAGCGUAGUGACCAUGAUUCAAUCGCCGUGCUGUCGGAACGGCUGGUACCACCGCAACUGCCUGCAGGCCUACGCCAACACGGCCGGCUAUUUCUUCAAAUGCCCCUUGUGCAACAACUCGGACGUGUUUCUUAACGUGGCCCUGAUGGGCAUUUCGGUGCCGAACCAUGACGCCGUCUGGGAGACUGAACCGGAUGCCUUUGCAGAGCAAUUCCAUCGUGACCAAACCUGCACCGCCGUUAACUGCACAGUAGCUGAAGGGCGAACCGGCGAUGUCACUACGCUGCUGUACUGCACCCACUGCGGCUCCAAUCCAGUGCAUAUCAACUGCAAAGUCACCGAUGGAAGCUACGUCUGCGCUGUCUGCUCAGUCGUCUCGCCCGGCGACGAGUCCUCGUUGUCCAGCGCCUUCAGCAGCACCGAGACCAUUACCAUAUAUGCGCAGUUGCAAGUGAUCCACACACGCAUAACCAACUCCGACAGGGAUGAUUCCGACACCGAGACCGAGGACGACGAGGAUUUGUUCCGCCGGGUGGUCGCAAGCGCCUCUGAAGCGGCGUCACUGCUAUCAGUCUCGACCAAUCGCUCACCAGUCACGCCAGUUGUUGGCAGAGGGCUGGCUGAAGAUGUGGUUUCAUCGUCAGCGGGAUCCGAAUUGAGUGCAGUAGAAAGUUCUACAGCAAUCCCUCCUGGACGCCGAUCUAGGGCUUUUUUGGAUCGCUCAUCACGAGCAGUGAUUGGAUCAUUAGCAACAGCAUUGUCUGGCUUUGAAGAAAUUCCACGUCCGCGUGCAGGGCGCAGAUCAGCAGCCAGAUCAACAUCGAGAGCUCAACCACGUCGCAGCAGUUCCAGACUGCAGGCUCUGAAAAACCAGGAAAACACCAAGCCAGACAACGAGGACUCCGCUGGCUGCUCCUCUUCCAACUCCGCUGCUCCCACUCAGCGUUCCACUCGCCCGAGGCGCACAAUGCCAGCCAGGAUGCCUGAAGCAGGACAAAAGGAAACAACAACCGAUGCCGAGAAGAAAAAUGACGAAGAUAAAGAGAAGGAGCAUGAGCCCAAGAAGCGCCGCGGGUCUCCUUCGCCAACUGCUCAGCCUGCAGGCAGGCGCUUCUUGCGCUCCAUGUCGCCGGGGGCCGUCACAAGUCGCUCCAACGGAAUGACACUGCGUCGCAGGACCAUGGCCAAUCCAAGUCACCCCCUUCAGGGCAACCUGGAUGUAUCCUGCGUGGCCAAUAGAACCCGCAAGCGUCUGCCUGCCCACUUGGCCAACCAGAAGUAAUUACGGAUUGAUCUGCACCGAGUUCGAGAGCUAUUCCUUAGCAUUCACUCCAUGUACAGCAUAUUGACUAGGCUGCGGAUGCAAAUGCGUGCGUUCGGUCCACAGCUGUUUCUAUUUGUAAUGCCUUUAGUUAAGUUACUUUACGACUGUAUUGUACGCCAUUUACUUUACAUUAAAAAGCAGAUCUCCUCAUUACAAUAUAGAUAUCUAGUUGUAUAUACGUUGUAA